UCGGCCAUAGUGGAAAUGGCGGGUACCAGCUUACGUGAAUGACGACGAUCGUGCUCUCAUCGUCGGGCUUAUUGUCGCGCACGCACAAGUCGUGAGGGGAAAAGAAAAAAAAAAAAGGGACGAGUGUACGGUGGUGUGGUUUCGGCCGCGCGUCAACGAUUAUAACCGAUAGUAGCAAUAACUGUUUAAUCAUAUGAUUUAUCUGGAGAGGAAAGAUGCAGAAUGUAGUACAAGGAACGACCUCGGAUAGCCAGAAAAUCCACGAAAAGCAAUCCGCUGCAGCAGCACCAGCACCAUCAGCAGCAGCGAGCGUUCACUACGAAAGUGGGAAGACAUCGUCGACUCCCCAAUCAUCGAAUUCAAGCCCUACGAAGUCGGAAACCGAGACCUUCUCGGAGCUGCAGCCACGUUUUAUGACAGACUCGUCGGAAAGCGAGGAGGACAGCGUUUCCGAGGUGGAGUGUUUCGCGAUUGAUCAAGUUGAAUUGGACGAAGAUCAUCCUGAAUCCUCGAAAUUUUUAUUGACUUCUGAGGAUCCUGAGCGUUCCGUGGACCCUGAAACUCAAGCGCGUCUCGAGGCACUACUUGAGGCAGCUGGUAUUGGAAAAUUGUCAUCGGGUGAUGGGAAGCAUUUGGCCGACCACGAGGUGCUUCGACGUUUAACAUCUAGUGUUUCUUGUGCAUUGGACGAGGCUGCGGCCGCAUUAACACGUAUGCGUAGUGACAAUCCACGUACGCCGAACGAAAAGCGUUCUCUCGUCGAGGCGUGCACCGACGGAGACGUUGGUACCGUUCGGAAAUUGUUGACAGAGGGCCGAAGCGUUCAUGAAACUACUGAGGAAGGAGAAAGCUUACUCUCCUUAGCUUGCUCAGCUGGUUACUACGAACUUGCUCAGGUCCUCUUGGCGAUGAAUGCCAAUGUAGAAGAUCGUGGCAUCAAAGGGGACUGUACCCCCUUAAUGGAAGCCGCCAGUGCAGGACACGUAGAUAUCGUGAGUUUGUUGAUCGCUCACGGAGCAGAUGUCAACGCUCAGUCUACUUCAGGUAAUACACCUCUUAUGUAUGGAUGCGCUGGUGGACAUGAAGAGGUUGUACGCGUCUUAUUAGAAGCGGGAGCUAAUGUUGAAGAUCAUAAUGAGAAUGGUCAUACACCUUUAAUGGAAGCAGCGAGUGCUGGUCAUGUUCAAGUUGCCAAGAUCUUACUUGAACAUGGUGCUGGCAUCAAUACUCAUUCCAAUGAAUUUAAAGAAUCGGCAUUAACGUUAGCCUGCUAUAAAGGACAUUUAGAAAUGGUUCGCUUUUUAUUGGAAGCUGGUGCAGAUCAGGAGCAUAAAACUGAUGAGAUGCAUACAGCCCUCAUGGAAGCAUCGAUGGAUGGUCAUGUGGAAGUUGCUCGUUUACUUUUAGAUUCAGGUGCCCAAGUAAAUAUGCCGACGGACAGCUUUGAAUCACCAUUAACAUUAGCUGCUUGUGGAGGUCAUGUGGACUUGGCUAUGCUUCUAAUCGAGCGUGGAGCAAACAUCGAAGAAGUUAAUGAUGAAGGUUACACACCGUUAAUGGAAGCAGCGCGUGAAGGUCACGAAGAGAUGGUCGCUUUACUUUUGAGUCAAGGUGCAAACAUCAAUGCCCAAACUGAGGAAACUCAAGAAACGGCGCUUACCUUGGCCUGUUGUGGCGGUUUUCUGGAAGUUGCCGAUUUUUUAAUUAAAGCGGGAGCAGAUAUAGAAUUGGGUGCAUCGACGCCUUUGAUGGAGGCCGCGCAAGAGGGACACUUAGAUCUUGUGCGAUAUUUAUUGGAAUCUGCAGCGGAUGUUCAUGCUCAGACCCAAACGGGGGAUACAGCUUUGACAUAUGCCUGCGAGAAUGGUCAUACUGACGUUGCUGAUCUUUUACUACAAUUUGGCGCUGAUUUAGAGCAUGAAUCAGAGGGAGGUAGAACUCCCCUGAUGAAGGCUUGUAGAGCAGGUCAUCUGUGUACAGUUCAAUUCCUCAUUUCGAAGCGUGCUGAUGUUAAUCGACAAACAACAAACAAUGAUCAUACUCCUCUUUCAUUGGCAUGCGCUGGUGGUCAUCUCGCAGUAGUUGAACUGCUUCUAGCACAAUCUGCAAAUCCAUUUCAUAAAUUAAAGGAUAACUCUACUAUGCUGAUAGAAGCGGCAAAAGGUGGUCACACUUCUGUUGUUCAACUUUUGUUGGAUUAUCCUCAUAGCAUUAUGAUGGGUGCCCCCCAUAAUGCUGCAUCUGCGCCAAUGUUAUUACCACAGCAACAACAACAGCAGCAACAACAACAACAACAGCAGCAGCAGCAGCAGCAGCAGCAGCAGCAGCAGCAGCAGCAGCAGCAGCAGCAGCAGCAGCAUAUAAGUCAUCAGCAGCAUGUACCUCAUCCUCAACAAACUUCUACGCAAUCGCAGCAUCAACAACAACAACAGACCACUGAACAACAAACGCAAAAUCUUCAACUUAAACAUAAUACACAAAAGUCAUUAUUAAGAAAGAAUCGAUCAGUGACUAUGAUGCCCGAUAUGAGCCUUACUUCUGCCGAAGCGCAACAGGUUCGUUCGCAACCUGCAGGAGAACCAGCUGCUAUCACCAAGGACGAUACUAAUAUUCUCGAUAAAGGCAGUGGAGGGUUCACAAGUUUGUCAGAACCUAAUAUCAGUCUUAGUCCGACACCAACAGCAUCGACACAAGGAGUAAAUGUAACCGAAAGUCAGAAAAAUACUAGACAAGAGCAAAUCCUUCAUAAACAACUAAUACUUGAGGAAUUACAAAGGGUAGAGCGAGAUUUGCACAUUAAGGGUGCAGGACAUUUAUUUUCUGGUCCGCGAAGUUCCAUUGUAAAUCAAUCCCAGCAACAAGAUCCUAGCGAGACUGAGGCAUUACUACCAGGCGUGCUAAAUAUUGAUUUACCAGGUCAAUCAACAUCUCAUGGCUUAGUUUGCAGUACAACCGGUAUGACCGGCAAUUCGUUGAUGUACCAAGGAACUAGCGAUGGAGGAUUGGUGUGCAGUGCUUACAUAGAUAGUAAGCUAAUGGGAAUGCAAGGUGCACACUAUUCGAAGAUGUCUGUAACUCCUACCGCAAUGGAAACGUUCCCCACAGAUUCUUUUCCUUCCUCGCCUCCGUUGUCUCUUGCAUCGUUGCCUAUUACGACUGCUACUAUGUCAUUGAUUACUACUUCCUCGAUAACCACGCCGAGUUCAUCUAGCAUUUCUACUUCUCCGACCAUCAUAGCUGUUUCUCAAUCGCCUAUUACUGCAAGCAGCGACGUUAGCCAAAAUACUGCUAUAAGCGAUCGUCCAAAGGCCAAACCUGUGUCCAAGAAAGAAGGAAAGAACAUACGAAAAGCCACGUCCGGUAUGGGGAUGGCGAAAUUGCAGCAGACACAGGCCACCAUAAUGGCCGGGCUUCAACAGCAGUAUCAGCAAAAGCAACGACAGCAUCCUUCUUAUCAAGUGCAACAAGUUCAACAGUUGCAGCAACUCAAUCAACAAUUGCAACUCCAACUGGAUCAAGUGCAGAUACAACAAUCCCAGCAGCCUCAAACGCAACCACAACAAUCUCACCAACAACCUCAUUCACAACAGCAAACGAAUGUAAUCGGUAAUAAUACGAAUAGUAUUUUAAUGCCCACUCAAUUGAUGUCGCACUUGCAUUCUACGCAUCAUCAUUUGCAUAGCCAGCAAUCAGCUCAAGAAAUUCUUUCCGAGCAAACGGAUCCUGAUGUACGAAAGUACAAAGAAAACGCUUGCGCAUUUCUUACUGGGGCUCAAAAAUCUAAAACUUUCUCCACUAAUGAAAGAGUGUUGAAAUUCGAGGAUAACCCAGAUCUUCCACUUGACGAUGCGUUUGAAAUUUUUCGCUCCCUCAAUUUUGAUGAUGCAGUUGAUACAAUAGAAGAUCAAGAAAAAUUUGAGUUAAAAAGAUUGGAUAUGUCGAAUAACAAAGAACAACAACAGCAGCAGCAGCAGCAACAUUUGCAAACUCAAAUAGUACAGCAAAGUGGAAGUUCCCAUGUAACUCAAGAAUAUUUCACUAAUCCUGUGCUGUCAGUACCGUCGGUCUCUUUACCUACGCUACCAUCGCUGCAAGUAACCAGUGCUGGUGUCCAGAUAGAAGCCGAUAUAUCAGCGGGCUUACAAUUAACAAAUGCGCAAUCGUUGCAAAAUCCAGCGAUAAAGAAUCGUCUGAGAGCUUUCGAGGAAGGUUUUCGCCAGGGUAGCAUACAUUUUCGCGAAUGUAUGCAACAUAUUAACAGUGAUACCUUUCAGCCUCAAUUAUUACUUCAAUCCUCUCAAAUAACGUUUCCUACGCAAACAUUACCAGCCGUCAGUGGAACAACGGGAAUAAUAGACAGUAUACCGCCUCAUCAGUCAAGCAGUUAUGCACAAUCUACAACUUGUACCACUAAUCAAGUUCAAGUCGCUACCCAAACUCAAGCACCUGCUACUACAACCUCUUCAAACAUUGCCGCCGUUGAUAAGAAACAAAUGUACACUGCGCCGAUUACCGGUAAGAAUAAGAAGACCAGAUAUCCUCUCCUGUCUCAACAGCAACAAUCUUGCCAGCAACAACAAACUGCCAGUGCUCAACAGACUUCCAAUUUUCCGACGCAAAAUUAUCAACUAGAUCCGGCGACAGUCGGAGGAUACACGACUAACCAAGUUCCACCUGCUCCAUUCUCAUGUAUGGAUGUUGAUUCAGAAACUGACAGUAAUCGUGACACAGCAUUGACCCUAGCUUGUGCCGGAGGGCAUGAAGAGCUUGUUGAACUUCUUCUUCUUCGUAAAGCAGCUAUAGAACAUAGAGAUAAGAAAGGAUUUACUCCACUCAUUUUGGCUGCAACAGCGGGUCACCAGAAAGUAGUCGAUAUUCUACUUAAUCAUGGUGCUGACAUUGAAGCACAAUCUGAACGUACCAAGGAUACACCAUUGUCUCUUGCGUGUAGCGGAGGUAGAUACGAAGUAGUCGAGCACUUGCUUAAUCGCGGUGCAAAUAAAGAACAUCGUAAUGUUUCUGACUAUACACCUUUGAGUCUCGCGGCAUCUGGUGGAUAUGUGAAUAUAAUAAAGCUGCUACUCGCUUCUGGUGCUGAAAUUAAUUCUCGUACCGGCUCGAAAUUGGGUAUAUCUCCACUUAUGCUUGCUGCUAUGAAUGGGCAUACUGCGGCAGUUAAAUUACUGUUGGAUAUGGGUAGUGAUAUUAAUGCACAAAUCGAGACAAACCGUAACACAGCAUUGACACUCGCGUGCUUCCAAGGAAGACAUGAAGUUGUUAGUCUUCUUCUUGAUCGAAAAGCCAAUGUUGAACAUCGAGCUAAGACUGGUCUAACACCGCUAAUGGAAGCUGCUAGUGGUGGAUACGUUGAGGUUGGCCGUGUGUUACUUAGCAAAGGUGCGGAUGUUAACGCAACACCUGUCCCAUCAUCUCGCGACACUGCCCUAACUAUUGCCGCUGAUAAAGGUCACUGCCGUUUCGUAGAACUCUUAUUGACAAGAGGAACUCAAGUCGAAGUAAAAAAUAAAAAGGGUAACAGCCCAUUAUGGUUAGCUGCAAAUGGCGGUCAUCUUAGUGUCGUAGAUCUGUUGCAUCAUGCGGGUGCAGAUAUCGACUCGCAGGAUAAUCGUAAGGUUUCUUGUUUGAUGGCCGCUUUUCGAAAAGGUCACAUUAAAGUUGUUAAAUGGAUGGUGAAUCAUGUAACGCAAUUCCCAAGUGACCAGGAGAUGACGAGGUAUAUAGCAACUGUUAGUGACAAGGAACUCUUGGAGAAGUGUCAAGAAUGCGUGAAAGUAAUAAGAGCGGCUAAAGAGACACAAGCUGCUAAGGCGAACAAAAACGCUACCAUAUUGCUAGAAGAACUCGAUAUGGAAAAAACGAGAGAGGAAUCAAGAAAGGCAGCCGCUGCGCGAAGACGGGAAAGAAAGAAAAAAAAGAAGCUCGAGAAGAAGGAGGAGAAACGUAAACUUCACGAAGAGUAUAAGAAGAACGAAACAGCUUUCGAGGACAAAGAGGAAAACGGAAAGAAAUCGGGCGAUGAGGAAUGCGAUCGGGUGGAUGACAGUGAACACGAGGGUGGUGAUGAGAGAAUGGAGAGCGUGCCAUCACCCAUGAACAGAAGUCCAGAGGAUCCUGAUAGAGAGGAAGGUGAUAGUGGAAUAGAUGCAAAUAGUCAAGGAAGUUGUAGUAGCAAUGAUGUAAAGGCAAGAGAAAAAAAGAAGGAUAAGAAGAAAAAAAAGAAUAAUACUCCUAAUAACAAUGAUAAGAAUACAUCUCCGCAGUGUUCACCCAAAACACUUCUUACACAAAAUAACAAUUUAUCUCAAAACACAGCAACAUCGACCAAGUCCCAAAAUAAUACUUCGGAAAAGCGAAUUAUGACUAAUAUUGCCAGUGCAGUAUCUGUAUCCACAACUUCAGUUAUGACUAGGACAUCCUCUACCAUCAGUUCUGAUCGAAAAUUGAAAGGUCAAUUGGUUUUCGAAUCCUCUAGGCAUCCUGCUGACAGGGAAGAUUUCGAAGCGACUGGUAAUGAAACUUAUGUUCCUGGGAAAGGAAAAAAAUUCAAUAAUAAUCAAUAUGAUGGAGAUACUCUAAAUACAUUAACCAAGAUAAGUAACACUAGUCCUAAACAAGGCGGAAAACGCGAGGAAGGAUGGAAGGAAGUUGUACGAAAGGGACAAUCGGAUGAUUCGGGAAGAUUUAUGAAUUCGCCAUUCCGUUCCAAAAAGGUAUCCGUUCCGCCGAACGCUAUUAGUCGAGUGAUAGGCAGAGGUGGCAGUAAUAUAAAUGCUAUUCGUGUUGCAACGGGCGCGCAUAUUGAAGUAGAAAAGCAAAGUAAAUGCCAAGGAGAAAGAAUCAUCACGAUUAAGGGAUCGUCUGAAGCUACAAAACACGCUCAUACAUUGAUAUCAAUACUUAUCAAAGACCCUGAGGCGGAUAUAUUGCAAAUGCUUUCAAAAGCAAAGCUUAAUGUCAUAACAACUUCUUCGUGGGAUAAAUCUGUUUCCACAGUGGCGGCAUGUAAAACGAAAGUUGGAUCUGUAAAUAAACCAUCUAAUCUAACAUCCAGUACUACUAAUAAUCAAGUUAAUAAACCAGGAUAUUCUUCAGGCGUAUCUACUGUAAGCCAAUUGGUUCCUCUUCGUUCAUCGUCCACUAUUAAGCUUGCUAGUGCUUUCUCUACUUCUUUACCACGUGCGACAGCACCUAGACUCGUAGCCGCAGCAGAAAAGCGCGCGCAAGCUGUAGCCGCGCAAAUGGCCUCUUCGUCAAACACCAAGACGACGAUGUCGUACACAAGUGCAAUCAUGACUGCUGGUAGAACAGGAACCAAGAUCGUUGCGACUAACACGACGCAGACGUUUGCGGCAAAGCUGUCCGAAAUCACUGCCUCGACCCAUAGCUCCACAACGGUCAUGCAAUCCACUCACGCCGCACCUGUGAAUAAGCAACAGAAGCCUGGUGCUCAAGUCGUGACAGUUAUGUCGGCCGCAGCGACUGUUCAUACAACCAACAACCAGCAGCAACAGCAGUCUGUAAUCAGUACGUCGCCGAAACACUGCCGAUCACUGCCUACUUUGUCUGCCCCACCGACAAUUAGCGGUUACCCUGGAAAGUCGAAUUACCCGCCUGGAACGAGCGUGAUUUCAUCAGCUACAAAUACCGGGGCGAUGACAAACUGCUCGGAAAGUUCGAUCGUAUCAACGUCAACCAACUCCAUUCGAAUGACAUCUUCACCACCUGUAUCGUCGCAGACGCAAACAUUGCCGCCACCAUCGCCAGCACAGCAGCAACAACAAACUGUUCGUAGCACAACACCAAUUGUUAUGCAAGAACAGCAACAACAUCAGCAGCAGCAGCAGCAGCAGCAGCAACAACAACAGCAGCAGCAGCAGCAGCAGCAACUACCUAGUAGCACACCUCUCGAGUAUUCUUUAUUUAACGAUACCUUUACCAAAGUUACGCAACAGUCGAUGUGGGGCGGAAGGGAGAACGAAACUCAGAAAGGUAUGAAUUUCGCGACUGUUGCGGGCGGUGGUGUAUCGUCAAAUACGGGUUCCAACUCGUCUGCAGCUAAGUUUGACAGUUCUCCACCUCAGGUGGAUGCAUCCAAAGCGCCUGGAUAUCGUGGAACAACGAUGUGUUCUCCAGUUUCCAGCAAGCCAGGUAUCACGGGAAACUCAACCGCUAAUAUGAUCGGUAACGUGGUAUCAUGCUCCGUACAGAACAAUCCCAUGCAAUCUGCACAAUAUCAAUCUUCGACAAGCUAUAGCGAGCACCCAUUACCGAAUAAACCACCGGGAGGUCUAGCGGUAGCUAGACCGAUGAUGCCCCAGCAGAAUAUUGAUAUGGGAACAAACAUGGCAGCUGCGCAAUACAAUAGGCCAACAGUCUUUCAAGGUGACUUGACAUCGCGAACCGCGACAACUCACCAACCGACGGCGCAUGUGAUACCAUCCUCUACAUCACAGCCGGGAUUAGACGUUGGUCUGUUUAAAACGAAUAACGCUGGUGGUUACGAGCAUCCAAAUUCUAAUCUGCUGAAAAUGGUGCCGAACGAGAACCAGAACGCCGGUCAUCCCCUGCUACCAUUUCACCCGCAUAUGCAGAGCUUCGCUCAGACCAUUGCGCCAGCCACCUCUGUGAUCAACACCACCGUCAGUAUGUCGAGAUUGAACCCUCGCGCUCCCGACUUUUCCAGCUCGUUACAUCUGAGCAAUAAGUCGCAGGUAAUGUUCAAUCCUGCCACCGGAUCGGCAUUGCACCCGGCCAAUAUGUUCACGGCUACCGUGCCAGCGCCACCGCCGUCCGCAAUGCAAUCCAACAAUUUAGCGAUGCUCGGCAACUUCCCACUGGGAAAGUAUCAAGCACCUUCACGUGCAACGCCGACGGCAAAUACUGGUAUUUCAACGACGGCUCAGACACGUUGGCCAUUUGCACCAGCACCACAUACUAAUUAUCCGCCACAUCAGGAGCCCAUGAUGAGCCAGAUUGGUUUCUCUAAUCACUUGGCCAACAUCGGCGGGCAACCUGGCGGUAGUAUCGAUCUAAUUACAAGUUUAGAGAACGGUGGUUCACCGGCUAUAUCUCCUACAUCAUCGGCACAAGUCACACAGGAGAUGAACCAAUUAAAAAUCGAGGAUCGUAAGGUGCCACGACCGAUCGGUACCGAGAGAGCAUGGAAAAAUUAUUCGGCGAACAUGGGUCCGGGUGGAGAUGCUGAUACUAUUAGUUGGAUGCUCAAUGACAAAUUAGGUUGGCCUUCUAAUUGCAAUAUGGCGCCCAGCAUCGACAGACAUCAGAUGUUCCGAUCAAAUUCCACUUACAAUCAACGUAUGCCCAACGUCGACCCUGAGCUUCAUCAGAUGAUGGAGUCCACCUUUCAGGGUCACGUGGAUGCCCAACAACCUUAUCCAGCUAACGGGAACGCAGCUUUGUCACUUAUACCAAACUUGGCAUUAUUGCCAGGACAAUUUGGAACGCCUGGCCUGGCAGAAAUCCCUCCGAAUGAACAGAAUAAGAUAGAUCCACCAGCGUGGGGAAUGCCUGAUGCCGUGCAAGACAAGCAACAUCAGACGUGGACUAAAUGGGCUCAUUAAAAAACCAAAUCACGUUUACACAGCUUCAACUUUUAAACCUGACGAUGGAAAUUUUGCAAUUCGUAGUAGUAAUAGACUUGAAAUCGUUUAAUUAUUUGUAGGUGCAUAAAUUUACGAUCUUAUUCAAUCCCAGAUUCUUUAUAUUACAUAUCAUGCUAAAAACAUGAAAUCCUUAAUUAUUCAACUUAUUGCUAUUAUUAGAAUAUAUCAACUUAAUUAUAAUGUAAAGAAUAUAAAAGAGAAACAGAAAGAAUAAGAGCUAGUUUACGUUUCUAUCCGCAAAACGUAGAGAACGCAGAUGAUGUGUUUGCAGAUUGCAAAAAGUUGAAAUUUAUUUAACUCAGUGCUCGGAGUUAGUUGCCCUUUUCGAGUCAAUAUCCCUCCACUACCGUUCGAAGCUCUGCGACCGAACCACGCCAAUCGCGCGUGUAACGCUAUGCCUCAGAAGUGUCCGGAUCUAAAAAAGAUAUAUUGGGAUUGUACCUUUCGUCAAAUCAUUAAAAUUUGCUUUGGCUAUAUUAUUAUUUCUUAAAUAUAUUAUAACAUAUAUAAUAUAUGAAUAAUAGAUAUUAUUAUUUAUAUAUAUAUAUUAUUAUAAUAUAUAUAUAAAUAUAUAUAUAUAUAUAUAUAUAUAUAUAUAUAUAUAUUUAUAUAUAUUAUUAUUUCUUAAAUAUAUUAUAACAUAUAUAAUAUAUAAAUAAUAGAUAAAUUAUCUGGCAAAGAAAAUUUUAACGACGAUUUGCAGAAGGUCCUAGCAUAUUUUUUAGAUCGGGACGUUCCUGAGGCAUAACGUUACAUGCAUGAUUGGCGGCUCGGCUGUCAAUUCUCGAUUGAUAGUGGGGGGAUCGUAGGCGUCGCUUCAGAUAUCGGCUCGAAAAGGGCGGAUAACUAAUUCCGAGCACUGAUUUAACUUAUUGCGUACCGAUAUACAUCGUUCUGCGUCUGCGUUUUGCGAAUAGCUAUCCAUGUGAAUAGUCUUUAAAUUCAGAAAAAGGAAACAAUAGAAUGAUAGUAAUUUGAUGGUAUGAUCACUUCAGAUUUGGAUAUUAAUCACGCGGAAGUCGCAUGCUCCUAUCAGUUAUUAAUUAGCAUGAACAUUCUAAUUAAUAAUAAUUAUUUUUUCUUCUAUUGUUGGACAGAAUCUGAAUUUGCGAUAUUUAAAAUACCUUAAACAAGACACUUCCCAGAUCUAUCGCGAUGAAAUCUAUAAACGUACAUUUUCAUUUUUACGCUGUUUAGCUUCUGCAGUAAUGAUAAUUAACUAGCUUGGAAUCAAUUUAAAUUUUUACAAAGCGGAAUCUUUUGAUUCGAUGAUUGAUAUAAAUUAUGAGUUAUUUACAAUAAGGGCAGCUGUUCUUUAUAUCAUAAUGAAUUAAUUAAUGAAAAGAGGUUAUUGCGUUACUUUUAAAAGAUUUGCUGUAAUAAUAUGAUGUAUGAGUAUAAACAGUUGUAUAAAUACUUGCUUCGUAAUUUCGAUUACUUCCAUAUUGCAAAAUGAGGUCGAAGAAUAAGCAAAAACAAAGAAAUAUAGAAGAAUCUUACAGAAAAUUGUCAAUUCAUUAAAAAAAAAGAAAAAAAGAAGAAACGAAAAACUGGAUAUUUCUUUCCACCUUUGCACCUGUGCUUGAAUCCGUAAUUACAUUUUGCGGUAUCUGAUCAUUUUUUUUUUUUUUUCCAAAGCAUGGUGCUGUGCCCAGAAUAGAUCUGCUAAAUAGAAAAAGAAGAGCGUUUUUUUGCGCAGAACUCCCGAUUACGUCUAGUCGCACUGAGCGCGUUUAUUGUUUAACAUACUUCCAAUUGUAUAGACCUCAUUAGCGGCUAUACGUUGGUGCUAUGUCAAUAAACAAUUGAAGAUACGAACGAAAUCAAGACGAACAAUAUAUUAUCGAGGUUUCAGUUGUCCAGCCGGCUAGGUAUAUCUUUUUUUUUUUAUUUUUUUUUAUGUUAUAGGCACAAUUAUUAAUCAAUCAUUAUAAUGUUUUAUUUCAAGCAGAUCAAUUGGACAGAUUUGUAUGAUACUCCUAGCGAGUUUUAAAUCAAGCACAUCAUAUAUACCCAAAUACAUACAAAAGAUAUACAUGCCACGCAUAAAUGACCAUGUUCUUGAAAUCGAAUUUAUUUAAGCAUUAUAAGAAAUGUCACGAACCGAAUAUACACUGUAUUAAUAAUAUGUGCACCGAAUUCCUUAUUCAGAUCAAUGAAUAUUGUUCAUUGUUAAAGUGGUAGUGGGCCGCCAAUGCAUAAAAAAUAUAGCUGUGCGUCCCUAAUGCGACAGUGCUAUUAUAAUAUUAUUGCUGUGUGGUGGUAAUGUUUAUUAUUAUAUUAUAGUUAUUAUAUAUUAUACACACAAGACAUAAAUAUAAGAAAGAAAGAAAGAAACAAGUACACAUAGAGAAAUGUUACCCGCUAUUUCGGCUGGACUUAGUAAUAAUAUAAUAAUAUUAUAUAGAUAUAUAUUCGAUAUAUAUGAAAUGUUCAUUUUAAUUGAACAUUUGAAAAUCUUUCUUGAUGGGGAUUUCGGCAAGUGUUCAUUACAUAGCGACGAUAUAAUGUAAUUGAAACGAUCCCCCAGACGCUAUAAGUUUCAAUGACAUGAUGAUAUGAAGCUCAUGGAAAUCAUAUGAGGGCUUUUUGACCUAUAUUCCAGGGAGCGCUUCAAUUAUUCACUAAGAGUACAUUGUUAUAAUUUAAAGCCUAUUUUCAAAUUUGAUUUAUGAUAACUGCGAUAUAUAUGAUAUAAAACUAUUAUAUGACAUAUAACAAUAAAGCAAAUAAAUAAAUAUAACGACGACAAA